UGUGUGUGCGUGUGCGUCUGAUUGGCCAGUGUCUGCUGCUCCUCUGUGUGUAUAAAUACCAGCAGAGGUUUGAGGCUCAGACACGGCACCAGAACCACAGAGACUCACUCAGAACCUCAGCCUCCUCUUCAUCACCUCCAUUAUGCUUCCUCCAGGCUCCUCCUGUUUCCUCCUCCUCCUCGUGCUCCCCUCCAUCCUCAGCUUCACCGUCCAGAUGCUGCCGGAGGAGGCUGCUCCUCGCAGAGCUCGGUUCUCCUCCAACAGUCCAGCGGACGUAGCCAGAUGUUUAAAGAGUUCUGUGGGAGUUGGCUGUGGAUUCUUCUCCUGUCUGGAGAACUCCACCUGUGACACUGACGGCAUGCAUGAAAUCUGUGAACUCUUCCUGCACACAGCAGCUACCUUCAACACGGAGGGGAAGACUUUUGUGAAGAAGAGUCUCCAGUGCGUCUCUCAGGCGAUCGCAGCCAAGGUCCAACACACCAUCCGUCGCUGCAACAUCUUCCAGAGGAUGAUCGCUGAGGUACAAGAGGAGUGUUACACCCGCUUUGACAUCUGCACCGUGGCCCGCACCAACCCUGACGCUAUUGGAGAGGUGGUGCAGAUGCCAACCCACUUUCCCAACAGAUAUUACAGCACUCUGCUGCAGACCCUGCAGUCCUGUGAUGACCAGACGGUGGCAGCAGUGAGGGCAGGUGUUGUGGCCCGGCUGGGCCCUGACAUGGAGACCUUCCUGCAGCUGGUGCAGAACAAACCCUGCUCCUCUGGUUCUCCUGUCCCUGCCUCCGUCUACAACAACCCCGCCAGCUGGAGGAACAUGCCCGUCUUCAACGUCCAGCCCAGCUUCAUAGGACGAGACGACACCCACCUGUUCGCCCGCAGGUCUGUGGACGAGCAGAUGCAGGACCAGGUCCAGACUGAGUCAGAGAAGUAGGGAUUGGACCUGAACCUGACCCAAACACCUCAGAUGAUCAGAAUGUAUGGAGCUGUGAUUUCCCACUGACGUAGAUGACAUUUAAAGUUUGACUUGUCUUCGGUCCAUUUUUCAAACCAAUACCAAAGAAGUGACAACUAGAACAUCGAGGCCUGUUACAGUAAAACUAAGAUUUGAUAUUUAUUUUCUUAAAGAAGUUAAUUUAUGAAGCAGUUGUAAUUUAAUGUAGAGUGUGUGUGGAGCUCAGAGGUCCACGCUGGCCGUGGACCUGGGUCUGACUCCUGCGAGGAGACGUAUUUUAGUCCUAAAGUUGUAACUUUAGAUGAAGACACUGUUGAUGUUUUAUGGAAAUAAAUGAUGAGAUGAGGA